AUGAAGCGCAAAACCGCCGCCGUAAUCGGCGCCGGUCCUUCCGGUCUCACAACGGCGAAAUCCCUCUUAGCGAAUGAGAUUCACCCGGUUAUAUUCGAGCGCCGUACGGCCGUUGGUGGGCUCUGGUCUCGAGCCGCUGGAAGUGUGACGCUGAAUCCGGGUAUGCGGACGAACUUGUCGAGGUAUAGUUGUGUGUUUCCGGAGUUGGCAUAUAAGCCAGGCAUUUCCAUGUUGCCGACGGCCAAGGAGGUUGGAGAGUACUUAGAGGAAUUUCGGAGGAGGUAUAUCCCUGAUGAGUGUUUGAGGUUGGGGUGUGCCGUUGUUGAGAUUGGGAGGGUGGAGGGGGGUGGGUGGAGUGUUGGUUGGAAGGAGGUAGGAGACGAUGGAGGGGAGGAAGGGAAGGAAGAGUUCGAUUUCUUGGUGGUCUGCUCGGGCUUCUUUUCUAUGCCUUAUGUGCCUCCAAUACCGAUGGAGGGUUUCACAGGCUCGGUUUUGCAUUCCGUGGAGUAUUCAUGGCCACACCGGGAGCUUUCUGGUAAGAGGAAAAUUGUGGUGGUAGGUGGGUCCAUGAGCGGUGCUGAAGUUGCGGCGGAUCUCGCCUUGCGGAUAUCAUCUUUGCCGGAGGAGGAGCGUGCGGGGGUCGAGCUCGUGCAUCUCUUCUCGCGGUCCUUCUGGAUAAUCCCGAGGUUUCUGCCGAUCGCGCAUAAGGAGGACCCUUCAGCGCCCCAUUUUGUUCCCGACGACCUAAUCCUGUACGACGUUAACCUCCCAAGGAAGAGCCCAAUGCCAGUGGAUCAGACGCAGGAGGAGAAGAACAUUCUCAUGAAUACGUUCAUAUCUUCUCGGGUUGGUGGGAGACAGGAGGAUAUUCACCCGAACCUGCACAUAACAGACGACCUCAUGCGCCACACACCAUGGGUCACGAUAUCAGACUCAUAUUUGGAAUUCGUCCGCAGUGGGUCAAUAAAGCCCGUAAUCGGUCGCCUCGAGAGCGCAGACGGUAGCACACUGCACACUACAACCGGUAAAAUUACGGGCGUCGAUACAAUCGUGCUAGGAACUGGUUUCUACCCGAGUGCCUCGCUCCAAUCCUUCCUCCCGGAAGACCUCUUCUGCGACCUCACCUCCAAGGACCCCGACAUCACUGAGGACUUAAACUUCCUACCAUUGCUCCUAUACAGGCAAUCCCUUCACCCAUCCUUUCGCAACACCGGUGGUUUCGUGGGGAUGUACAAAGGCGCGUUCUUUGGCACCAUGGAGCUCCAGGGCCGCUGGAUGGCUGGGUUACUCUCCGGCAAGCUCCCUUGGCCUUCCACUAAAGAGAUGGAACUCGGUAUCUCAGAGUCCCGUGCAACCCGCACAUCGCGGAUCGUGGCGCGCGCACCCGAGGCGCGUAUUCAGUGGAGCGUGGGGGAUUACCCGGCAUCUGUAGACGAACUCCGCCGGACAAUCGGGCUGCCAAUCCUGCCGGAGACGAGUGAAGCAUACCCUAACGCCAUGAUUCCCGCACACUUCUCUCCCGGCCAUGAGGAGGCGGAAAAGACGCUUCGGGAGUUGGCGGAAUUACUUGCUGAGCGUAAGGGGGAAGACGAAGCGAAGGGUGGGACCCUGAGCAGAGCCAUAUUCAAAGCUCUUCACGGGAAAUGGAACCUUCGCAGGAAGAUUGUAUCCAGGCAUCCAGGAUUCUCCUCGGGGACAUUCGAAGGCGUUGCAGAGUUCUUACCAAGGCCCCCUUCCUUCUCAUGUACUCCUCCUCCGCCUGUAGGUAACGGCGACACCAUGUGUAAAGCAAACGAGCGAGAGGAACCCCCAGCCUGCGCAAACACUACCAUAACCCCCUCGAUUCCCCCACCACCCGUUCAGUCCGGCGAGGUGCAAGAAUAUCUCUACACCGAAACCGGAACUUUCACCACAAUCCCCACUCCGGCCAUGCCCACGCCUCUAGCAAUUCAGACACGCAGGUCCUACAUAUACCGCCACCACCCAGCGCACAACGCGAUCACCGUUUGGUUCGCCAAGCCGGAGGACAGCUCGCGCGUAGACUACUUCUUCCACCACGUCGAGAUCUCCGGACGUGCAAACGAUGGGAAGGGCGGUUGGGUUGGGGGUGGGAAGCACCUUUGUCGUGCGGAUUGGUACUGGCCGAGGUAUCGGUUUCGGUUUAACGGUGGUGGGGAUAGUGGGGGUGGGGCGGGGGAUGGAGGGUUGAGGGGGUUCGAGAUUGGGUAUGAGGUUAAGGGGCCUAAGAAGGAGUAUGAUAGUGAUGGGGUUUAUGAGAGGGCUGAGAGGAUUGUUGGGAGUGGGAGUCGUGGUGGGUUGAGUGAGUGAUUACGUGUGAUUAUGGGUGCGAGUGCUGUGCUGUGGUUAUCCGUGCUCUGCUGGAUGGGGCGAGGUAUGUAGUACGUUCGAAUAGAAGAAUUUUUCCGAA